AUGCAUCUCUCCAAGGUGGCAUUCAUCGCCGCGGCGACGACCCUCGCAGCCGCGCAAAACUCGACGGGCCCUCGCCGGUCCCCGGAAUGGGACGCGGCCUACGCCAAGGCCGAGACGGCGCUGCCCCGCCUGUCCCUGGACGAGAAGAUCGGCAUCGUCUCGGGCAUCGGCUGGGGCAAGGGACUCUGCGUCGGCAACACGUCGCCGGCCUCAUCCAUCGGCUUCCCUUCCCUCUGCCUCCAGGACGGCCCGCUCGGCGUCCGCUACGCCAGCAACGUCACGGCCUUCGUGCCGGGCAUCCAGGCGGCGGCGACAUGGGACAUUGACUUGAUCCGCGAACGCGCCGCUCUUAAGGCCACCGAGGCCAGGGGCGUCGGCGUGCACGUCAUGCUCGGGCCCGCUUGCGGCGCCUUGGGCAAGAUCCCCAACGCCGGUAGGAACUGGGAGGGCUUCGGCCCCGACCCGUACCUCAUGGGUGUGGCGACCAAGGAGACGAUCGAGGGCAUGCAGUCGGUGGGCGUGCAGGCGACGGCGAAGCACUACAUCGCCAACGAGCAGGAGCUCAACCGGGAAACCAUUUCUAGCAACGUCCCCGACCGAGCCAUGCAUGAGUUGUACCUCUGGCCGUUUGCUGAGGCCGUCCGGGCCAACGUGGCGUCCGUCAUGUGCUCGUACAACAAGGUCAACGGCACGUGGGCGUGCGAGAACGACGCCGUCAUGAAGACGCUGCUCAAGCAGGAGCUCGGCUUCCCCGGCUACAUUAUGACGGACUGGUUCGCCACGACGGGCACUGUCAGCGGCGCCAACGCCGGGCUCGACAUGAUGAUGCCCAACGCCAACUGGGCCAACGACCCGGACUCGGUCUGGUGGGGCCCGCGCCUCAAGGCGGCCGUCGAGAGCGGUCAGGUCUCGCUGUCGACCCUCGACGACAAGGUCCGCCGCAUCCUCGCCGCCUGGUACCUCCUCGGCCAGGACCAGGGCGAAUACCCCCCCGUGAACCUCGCCGCAGACGUGCAGGCCGACCACAAGCAGAACGUGCGCGCGACGGCCCGCGACGGCAUCGUCCUCCUCAAGAACGAUGGGGCCGUGCUGCCCCUGAAAGCCCCGCGCAAGAUCGCCGUCGUCGGCUCCUCGGCCGUCAACAACCCGGACGGCAUCAACGCCUGCUACGACCGCAGCUGCAACACGGGCACGCUCGGAAUGGGAUGGGGGUCAGGAACCGUUGACUACCCGUACCUUGUAGCGCCGCUGGACGCGAUGCGGGAGCGGGCGGAGCGGGACGGCACCGAGGUGGUGGCGAGCAGCACGGACGACGGGCCGCAGGGGGCGGCGGCGGCGGCCGGCGCGGACGUGGCAUUCGUCUUCGUCACGUCGGACUCAGGGGAGGGCUAUAUCAAUGUAAAUGGCAACCCCGGAGAUAGGCUCGAUUUAAACUUUUGGCACGGAGGCAACGAGCUCGUGGAGGCGGUGGCGGCGGCCAACGACAACGUUAUCGUGGUCGUCCACAGCACGGGGCCCGUCAUACUGGAAAAGGUACUCGCGCAGCCGGGCGUCAAGGCCGUCGUGUGGGCUGGGCUCGGGUCGCAGGAGACGGGCAACGCGCUCGUCGACGUGCUCUGGGGCGCGACGAACCCCAACGGCAAGCUGCCGUACACCAUCGGCAAAAGCGCCGCCGACUACGGCACCGCCGUGUCCCAGGGGGACGAGGACAACUACAGGGAGGGCCUAUUCAUCGACUAUAGGCACUUUGAUUUCUUGGGCAUCGAGCCGCGGUACGAGUUUGGUUUCGGACUGUCGUACACCAACUACACGUACUCGGAUAUCGGCGUCACGUCGACGGCGAAGGCAGGCCCCGCGGUCGGCCAGGUGGUGCCUGGCGGGCGAGCGGACCUCUUCGAGAUCGUGGCGACGGUGACGGCGACGGUGACGAACACGGGCGGCGUGGCGGGUGCCGAGGUGGCGCAGCUGUACAUCACGCUGCCGCCUAGCGCGCCCGAGUCGCCGCCGAAGCAGCUCCGCGGUUUCCAAAAGCUGCGGCUUGGCGUCGGCGAGUCGGGCACGGCGACGUUCCACCUGCGGCGCAAGGAUCUGAGCUACUGGGACGUCGGGCGGCAGAACUGGAUCGUGCCGAGCGGCGCGUUCAUCGCGAGGGUCGGGGCGUCGAGCCGCAAUCUCCGACUGGAGGAUACGUUUAUUGUGUCGUCGUGCCAGUCGGCGCGUUUGCGGUGA